UCAACCCAAUUGCGUACAAAAUGCAGUAUCUUCAACUGCUAAAAAAACCCACCUGUAAAUCUUUUUCCUCGUUUGAGUUCUCUUCAUCGGAAAAUGGCUAUUGCUUCGAUUUCAACGAACUGCCCAUCUCUUCUUCGCUUCUCAAACAACUCGAAUCAUCAAUUCUUUAUCCCGAAAUCCAUUUCUUUACGGUUUUCACGAUCCGGUCUCCGCGGCGGAAAACCCCUUUCAAUUCGAGCAACGGUGGUUCCGGCGCCGUCAACGGCGGAGGGGCUGGCGCUGGCUAUUACGUUGACGGAUGAUGCUUUGAAGCACUUGAAUAAGAUGAGAGCAGAGCGUGAUGGGGAUUUGUGCUUAAGAAUUGGGGUUAAGCAAGGCGGGUGUUCGGGCAUGUCGUAUACAAUGGAUUUUGAGAAGAGAAGUAAUGCUAGACCUGAUGAUUCAAUCAUUCAAUAUGAAGGAUUUACAAUUGUGUGUGAUCCAAAAAGCCUCCUCUUCCUAUUUGGAAUGCAGUUAGACUACAGUGAUGCACUUAUCGGUGGAGGUUUCUCUUUCAAGAACCCAAAUGCUACCCAGACAUGCGGUUGCGGUAAAUCAUUUAAUGCAGAAAUGUGAAAUUAUACUUAGAAAGACAGUCAAAACAGAUAAUUAUAGUUCUUCCAUUUCUUGUAUUACAACAUUUGUAUGUAAAUCUUUCCAGUUUCUGUGAUUCGUUUCUACCACCUUUCAUGUCUUCUUUUCUCUCUUCCAUGAAGGCAUGGCAAUGUGCCGUAGAUAACUAAUUUCAUACAAAAUAUUUUCCCUCAAACUC